CUUCCUGACAGCGCGUUACGGAUCGCUGGACCCCGGUCGUCGCCAGCCGUGAAGCGUGUCACUCGGCGUUAGAAUCCAACUGCUUUUUUUUUUUGCUGGUUCUAAAUCUGGGAGAAAGAGCGAGAACAUAAUUAAAAAAAUAUUUAUGAUUUCAUGCGAGGAGCAGCAGCCGUCAGUGUCAUCGCUGGAACCGCAGAAGCUCGACAACAAGUAGACGAAGAAGGAAGUAAACACCUACAUAAACAAAGCCGAAGGGGAAACGUCAAAGACCCCGAAAGUGUGCACGCCGUAUGGGUGCAGAUGUCAAAGUUUGAGUGGCGUCUCUGAGCUAUCGAACUAAUAGAGAACAAACGAGAGAGGAAGAGAAGAGGAAAACAAAAACAAUACAAUUAGGUUCUGGGCCGUGCGUGAGCGUGCGUGUUUGACGCGAACGCGUACUGUAAACAUAAACAAAGCGCAGAUAAAAGUCAUCGCGUUGUUUACAUUUAGUAGGCCGCGCGGGCCGUAACCGGGGGGUGGGCAAUUAAAGAGUAGUUUUCAACGCCUGCCUAGAGGGGACCGGGCCAUUAUGCUCAAGUAUGAUGAUGAUCUAGUAGCCGGCGACUCCUCCUCGGAAAAGCCGACGACGACGACGACGACGCCAGCUGAGCUCAAGUGGGCAAUUAAAUUUUAAUGGUGAAGCAACUCAAUCUUAACGACCGUUGCGUCUCUCUCGUUCCCGCUCUCUUUGGUCGUAACUGUCAAAACAGUCGUCUCUCUCUCUCGCUCGCGCCGCAACUCUAAUCGCUAUGGGAAAAGUGUAAACAAAGUGUGAAAAUCGGACCCAAUUAAAAGGUUUAUGUGCGUGUGUGUGUGGAUCGUGAGAGAAUUUCGUGGUGAAUAAAAAUUAACGGCUGACGUUAAACGGCGCGAAAGGGAAGAGUUCGAAUCAAGAAGAAGAGUCGAAAUGUGGUGCUUAAUGGGCGUCGCGCCGGAAGGCGGCCGGCAGGUCAGCAACCGGCGGAAAAAUGGCGGCGGCGGCGGUGGAAUCUGCAGCAAUUUUCGGCGGUUUAUCAGCAUCGGGAUCCUGCUGCAAAUAAUUGCCAAUUGUGACUACAGUGCCGGCGCGAUACGAUCGGUCCAGCUGGUGGUGGACCCCCCCGCCGUGAGGCGAAGUCAGCACGCAACGCUCACCUGCAUGUACGAUCUGGAAGAUACGCCGCUGUACUCGGUCAAGUUUUACCGCGGGCUGCGGGAGUUCUACCGAUUUUCACCCAGCGAGUAUCCCGAGAAGAAGAUCUUCCCCUUUCCGGGCAUCAACGUGGAUCUAUCCCUCUCAAAUGCCAGCCAAGUGGUGAUUCGAAACAUUGGAUUUGGGCUGUCCGGGAACUUUUCCUGCGAAGUGACCGCCGAUGCGCCACUCUUCUCCACCGCCACGGGACACCUCCAGAUGCAGGUGGUCGAACUACCUGACAGCGGGCCGACCCUGUGGACGGAACACAGCCGGUACGAGCCCGGGGACGUCCUGCGGGCCAACUGCAGCUCGCCGCCGUCACGGCCCAGGGCCGAUCUGAAGCUGACGUUGAACAACAUUGUGGUUUUCACCGGCGAGCCCACGGUCCGGGUCACGACGGACGGCCUGGUCAGCACGACGGUGGCGCUGCGGCUGCACCUGCAGAGUUCGCACUUUGCCGGCGUCCAGAUGGCCGGUGGCGGCGGCAGCGGAACGCUCCUGCUCCGGUGUACGGCCACGGUGGCCACCCUGUACGAUCGGUACGCGGAGCUGGAGCUGGGCGUGCCUCAGCGGGAUCCGGUGCCGGCCAGAGUAACCCUCACCGGUUCGCGCUCCGCCCCCACCUGCGCCCCCUCGGCGCUGUGUCUGCUGCUGGCAACCCUGCUGCUACUCCUGCUGACUACGACAUCCCUGACAAGUGGCCACAGCAGCAGCUUCCCGGCCGGGCCCCUCAGCCCGGUUCAGCGAAGAUAGUCAGUUUAAUCCAGCUGAACGCCAUGACGAUGCAUGAUUUUUAUACGUUUAGUAACUCACACACACAAACACACACACAUUUACAUUGUAUUUAGUAAAGACACAGGAAAACACACACACAGUUGCAUUCAUUCAGUCACGCGAGCAAGGAAAUUGAAAAGCCAAAAACACGAGCUAAAUUAAACGUAAUUCCCCCCCUAGAGUUAUGCAACUUUUUGGGAGGUGGCUCCCUCUGUUGUAGCAAAACUUGAGUUUGAGUGGCACGAGCAGCGGAUAGAACAAGGUCUGUUAGUUUUAAUUUAACGACAGCGAAGAAAUGUGUGAUAGAAGAAAUAAAUAAAAAGAAGGUGGCAAAUAAGAGAGGUGGGAGGGAAGGUAAAAGAAGAUAAGAAACACAGUGAAUGCAAAUAUGUAGUAAAAAGAAGCGAAUUUUCCAGACGAGUGGACGCGAUUCAAAUCGAGUGAAAAUUGAAUGAAAGGAUGAGAAAAAGAAGUAAAAAAAGCAGAACAUAUUAUUGCAUCUACUAACCGUUAAUGUAAAUGUUGGAUAAUUAAGCUAAGAGACACGAAAUCAUCGCCGUUUUUGCUCCCGUGUGUGUUUAGUUUGGCACAAACGACAAACUGAAGAGAGACAGCAAAAAACGACGAAAACUACAUUUGUUUGAUGAUGGCGAUUGCAUGCACUUUGGCUUGUCGACGGGAAAACGGGACAAAAUCAGUUUGAAAAAAGACAGCGUUUUUUUUUUAUUUGCUUCAAAGUUAAACUCACAUUUGGAAUUGCACCAGGGUUUUCGCUGUUUACACGACGUUGAUUGGAUUGCGCCGGCAGGUAGGCAACAAGCAUGCAGACCGAGUGUUGCGCGGAUGUUGCAGCAGCUGCUGCUGGGAAUGGGUUAGGGGAGGAUGUUUUGGCUGCAGUCGGUGACAAAAUUAAGGGCAAUAUUUUGGCAGCGAAUUGGGUCCUAAAAUGAAGCUUAGAUUGCUGAUAUUAUUGUUCACAACGAUAAAGCUUGUUUUUCUGACUACAAUGACCCUUUGUACGACCACAAAAAGUUUAAAAUGGAUUUUUAAAUCAAUUUUGAAAAAUCAACCUCGCGGUUCUUGUUGACAGAAAAGGUCCUACUUGACAGCCCGUUCCAAGGGGACCAUGGUUGAUCCAUCGAAAAAAUGUUGUCUUGUCAAUUUUUUUUUUGUUUGCAUUAAAAUGAAAAAAAAAAGUGAUCAGAAAUAGUUUUUGAUCGUGUUUUUUACCGUUGUAGAUAAAAAUUGACAUAGGGCUUUAGUACCCAAUUGUUGGUAAAAGUUGGAUUUAACUUAAUGUGUAUAAACAUAUCUUGACAUUUUACGUUUCGGCGACGACGGAUCAAGCUGUUUUGACUGCACGUUCAGUUUGGGCUAAAUCGAGUUCAGGACCUUUACAAAUUCCAAAAACUCGAAUUGGGUCCUAAAAUUUGGCUUAAAUUUGUGAUAUUAUGGUUCACAACGAUAAAGCUUGUUUUUCUGACUAGGUACAAUGACCCUUUGUACGACCGCAAAGGAUUUUAAAUGGAUUUUCAAAUAAAUUUUGAAAAAUUAACUUCGUGGACCUUUUUGCCAGAAAAAGUCCUACUUGACAGCUCGCUCCAAGGAGACCUUAGUUGAUCCAUUGAAAAAAUGUUGUCUUGUCAAUUUGUUUCGUAUUAAAAUGAAAAAAAAAAAGUGAUCAGAAAUGGUUUUGAUCGUGUUUUUUUUAUUACAGUUGUACAAAAAAGAGUGACAUAGGCCUUUAGGACCUUAUUCAAUUAUAAAAAAAUAUUAAACAAAACCCGUAAAAAAUCCGGGUAGUCUCGGAUAAGAUCUUGUGAUGUAAACUUGAAAAAAUGAUAUCAGAGGCCGUUAUGUCACCCUUGAUAAAUGUCUACUGUGUACAUUUUUAAUUUGGCACUUAGGAUUCCAUCAUUCAAAUUUAACCAAAUUUCAGCAAGCCAAACAAAACGUGGUUUUUAUUGGUUACAUUGCGUGCCCUUGAUUUUGUUUAUGCAAGGUGAAACAUUGAAACGCAUAAUUUUCACCACGAUAACGACAAAUUGUUAACCUAAACAAUGUUAUUGCUUAACUUUUUGUGUACGUGCCAAAGCAAAAAAAAAACAUACUUUAAAGGACAAUUUUUCGUUUAAUUCAAAAAUAACAUUUAAAAAAUUAACUAAAUCCUGAUAUUGGAAAAGUUACCUAAAGCAUAAACCACUAAUUUUCACCAUUUUAUUGAGCUGAUUCUGAAAAAGCAGAUCAUUUUUUACAGGAGUAUUAUAUUGUGACAUUGAACACCGAAUGCAUAUUGGCUGAUUUAUCGUCUCUUAAAUAAUCGACGCCAUUUUGAUGAUGUAAAAUAUUUGCUCACCUUUCAACCACGAUUGGUAAAAUCUGCAGUGUUUUCAAACCGUUUUUAGGGAAAUUUUCUGAAUUUUUCAAAAAAAAAACUACAAAAAUUAAUCAGAAAGUGUCAUGCAUUGUCACGCCUUCUACAGAUAACAUUAUUUUAUUAAUAUUAUUAUUAUUUUUAUUGGAAACUGAUUACAUCUGCAAAUAAAAUCUAAAAGCUUUUCGAUUUUGCUUUUCGCGUUUUACAAAAAUUAAGAGAUUGUUGAAAAAUUGGCAUCACAGCCAAUAAAUACAUGACAAUUGAAGAAAUAACUAGUGGAAAACAUCAAAGUAUAAAUGCCGAUUUUUAAAUUAACUUUUUUCACAAA